AUGUGUUCUCAGUGUGACACGACAUGCGCAUAUAAAGGUUGCAAUAAAAACACGGGCAUUUGUGAGACUUGUGCGACCGGAUACACCAAAAAGACGACCGAUAGUAUUCCAUGUGAGUUGUGCUCUUCGUUUGAUCCAUAUUGCACAGUCUGUUCUCAAACUAUCAGAAAAUGCACAACAUGUACAACUGGAAAAUAUCCAAACCCGUCUUCUCCGUUUAGUUGUAUUGAUUGCCACACUUCUUGUUCGAGUGGGUGUUCCACCACAACAGGUAUAUGCAUGACUUGUAUUGGUGAUCAGUACACAAUCAACCCAUCAAACCCAAAACAGUGUCAAAGCUGUUCUUCUUUCGAUUCGAAUUGUCUAAGUUGUUCAAGAACAGAAAGAAAGUGUCUUUUGUGUCAAAGUGGUGUUUCGUAUUUAUCAAAUGGAAUGUGUGCGUUGUGUGACUCAACGUGUUCAACAUGUGGAACAGAUGGUAUUUGCACACAAUGUAUAGCCAAUUACGUCUUUUAUGAACCAAAACAAAUUGGAUGUUUGAGUUGUACUUCAUUUGACACAAAUUGUGCGUCUUGCAGUUUGUCAAGUUCCAGAAAUUGCACCACAUGCAAAUCAAAUAUGUAUCCUGAUGUGUCAAAUGGAAAAUGUAAAAGCUGUGAUGCUUCGUGUGGUGGGAGUUGUGACACAACAAAUGGAAUUUGCACAAAUUGUGUUUCUGGAAAAGUCUUCAAUGAACCAAAAGGAUUAACAUGUAUUGACUGUUCUACAUUCGAUGUCAACUGUGUUGCAUGUGCCUCAAAUGGAGAAAGAAAGUGUAUCACGUGUCGUGAGAACAGUGGGUUUUAUUUGCUCAAUGGAAGGUGUGUGGUGUGUGACUCAACUUGCAAAGCAAAUACAUGUGACUCGACAAGUGGAUAUUGCUCGCAGUGUUUGUUGAAUUACACAGUGACUUCUCCAAUAUCGAAAGUCUGUGUGAAAUGUUCUGAAUUUGAUUCAUACUGCUCGAAAUGUGCAACUGACUUCACCAGAAAGUGUGAGUUGUGUUCGAGUGAUAAAUACCCAAAAUCCACAAAAGGCUAUAAAUGUGGUGAUUGUGACUCGACGUGUGGUAAUCAGUGUAGUGGUUCAACUGGAUUUUGUACUGGGUGUCUGUCAAAUUACGUGUUUUCCACAACAAACAGUUUGGUGUGUGACAAAUGCUCAACAUACGAUGCAAAUUGCCUGACGUGUGAUUCGUCAUACCAACGACAGUGUGUGACAUGCAAGACAAGUGGGAUGUACCCCGAUGAAUCAACUAAGAAAUGCAAAUUGUGCAGUACAACAUGCAAUGGCAAUUGCAACCAAACAAGUGGUAUCUGCACUGCCUGUAUGACUAAUUACGUGUUUGAAGAGAUAAAGAGUAAAGUGUGUGUCACUUGCAAGACAUUUGACAGCAACUGCAAAACGUGCAAAUCAGACUACACGCGAAAAUGUGUUGAUUGUGAAAAUGGGUAUUAUCCCAACGACUCUGGAAUGUGUGUGCCUUGCAGCACGAUUGAUGCAAAUUGCAAAACGUGCAAUUCAAAGAUGAAAGAGUGUUUGACAUGUCAAGACCCGUAUUACUUAUCCAGUCAGAAGUGUGUGAGUUGUUCUUCUGGCAGUUACAAAAACACUGAAACUUCAUGUGAACAGUGUUGCAAUGAUCUGCCCAAUUGCCAAACAUGUUCAACGCAAUCUGUUGGUGUUCCUGUGUGUUCGCUGUGCUAUUCUCCAUAUGUCUUGGCUUCUCAAUCAAAAACGUGUGUGGGUUGCACAUCUUCUCAAAAAUACAACAAAACAACACAAAAGUGCGACAGCAGUGCUAUUGGCUGUUUGACAGGAUUGACCAAUCAGCAGUGUUUGCGAUGUGAUGGGUCGUAUUACCUUUCUGAACACAAAUGUGUUGCAACAAACAACUGUAACGCCCCAUCAACAAUAUCAAAGGUAUCAUGUGACUGUGCACAUCAGAUAUCAGUCAAUUCCGAUUGCAAGAGCAAAGUUUCAAAUUGCAAAUAUCAAAGAAAUUACAAAACCCAAAGUGAGUGUAUUCACUGUGAUGACAAUUAUUUACUCAAUGGAGCGACUUGUCAGAAGGUAGCAGCUGGAAAUACAAUCAGAAACGAUGUGGUUUAUAACUGUGUCAAUGACAAUUAUCUUGUAUAUAACAACCAAUGCAACACGUGCAAUAAAAAUGCUUCUGUAUGCGUCCAUUACAACAAUGUCAUUGAAAUCAUCGCAUGCAAAGAACAAUAUACAUAUGACGUGGUUAAUAAGAAGUGUGUCAACGACAUUUCUUGUUCAAAAUAUUCAAACGACUUCUGUUCAAAAUGUGUUGAUGAUAAUAUGGAAAUGCACGAAGGUAAGUGUGUAAUUUGUUCUGUUCCAAAUUGUAAAUAUUGUGAGGGUGGCAAAUGUAAAAAGUGUCAAGAAAACUAUGUGAUACAAACAAAUGGAUUUUGUGUUGAAAAGAGUGAAAUGAGUUGUGUCAACAGUGAUGGUCUGCGUUGUUUACAGUGCACUGAAAAUUUUUAUCCGACCGACUCAAUUAAUAACGAAGGGAAGUAUGACUUCUGGUAUUACUAUAACAACUGUGAUGGUGAGUGUCUUCUUUGUUCGACAAAUUGCAAAGAAUGUUACAACACAACUUACUGUACUUCAUGCCAGCUUGGGUAUUACCUUUCCUCUACUUUCACAUGUGAACCACUUGGCGACUUGUUCACAAAAUGUGACUUAACACUGCCAACCGGUGGUGGAUGUGCUGUCUGCAAAGACGGAUAUUAUAAAGAAAAUAAAGACUGUUUGCCUUGUGAUGGGUCGUGUGGUACUUGUGUUGACAAGUACUCAUGUAUAGAAUGCAAAGAAAUGUAUUUUAAUUACCCGGGUAGUUUGAGUAAAUUGUGUCUUUCUUAUGAAACCAUUUUAAAUUGUAAUAACAAAACGAAUAUGGGGUGUACUUCUUGUUCAAAUGAAUGUUCAAAUAAUUAUGUUUUGUGUGAAAAUAAAGAAAAAUGCAACAGUUGUACAUCAAACUAUGUUCUUGUUGAUUCAAAGUGUGUUAAUUACAAUCAGGUCAAAUAUUGUAAAUCUGCUAACAACUCAAAAUGCACAAAAUGUGAAGGAAAACACAAACCAAGUGAUAUGGGUGAUUUUUGUAAAGAAGUUGUUAAUUAUGGAGAGGUCAUUGGUAUUCCUAUAUCUGUGGUUUUUGUCUUAAUAAUAAAAAAAGAGCAAAAUAUAUGCAACUUCAAGAUGAGUCGGUCUAACAUUGAAAUGCUUCAAUUGAGUGAUAACAUUGUUACCAAUAAAACACAACUGAACUUUGAUCUCGACAACAAUGAUCCACUCAAAGUGGAUGUAGAAACAAGGGAUUUGAUUUGCAUCGGUAAUGCUUCAAAACACACGAAAAAGGUACAGUUUAGUGUGAUGGAAGGGUGCGAUUUUUAUGAAAUACGAACAGUACCUUCACUUUUAUCUCUCAAGCCCGGAUAUGCUUGCGAAUUUGAAAUAUUCAUAAAGCCGCUGUGUACUUGUUCUACCAAGGAAAACAUCAUAAUUACUGCACUUGAUAUUACAACUGGUGUUCAAGAAAACGAAAAAAUUCGAGUUAAUAUAGAGACUGAACAAACAACUAAAUUAAAUUAUCGAGAACUUGAAGAAGAUAAAAAGCUUGGUGAAGGCUCUUUUGGAAUUGUAUACAAAGGAAAAUACAGAGGAAAUGUAGUUGCCAUUAAAAAGAUGAAACAACUAGAUAGCAAUGAAAGCGGACUUGAUGAAUUUGAAAAAGAAGUUUCGAUGCUUGAUAAAUUUCGAAGUGAAUAUAUCAUCCACUUUUAUGGCGCAGUGUUUAUAGCAAGUAAAGUGUGUAUGGUCACCGAAUUGGCACAAUUUGGGAGUUGUCAAGACUUGAUGAAACAUAAAACAUGUGAUGAAGUUGAUUUAAAACUUCGAGUGAAGAUAAUGAUAGAUGCAGCUAAAGGUAUUUUAUAUUUACAUGAGAAUGGAAUAUUACACCGAGACAUUAAACCAGACAACUUUUUGAUAUUGUCACUUGACCUAUACGAAAAGGUUAAUGCUAAAUUGACUGAUUUUGGGUCGAGUCGAAAUGUAAAUAUGCUUCAAACCAACAUGACAUUCACUAAGGGUAUCGGUACACCAACAUACAUGGCUCCUGAAAUUCUUAAACAACAAAAGUAUAAAAAAUCUGCUGACGUGUAUUCAUUUGGAAUCACUAUGUUUGAAGUCAUUUCAUGGAAAGAGCCGUACUCAAAAGAUCAAUUUAAAUAUCCAUGGAAAAUUGCAGAAUUUGUAAUGGCUGGAAAUCGUCUUAAAAAACUUGAAAUGAUGAGCAAUGAACAAUAUGAUAUAAUAUCUGACUGUUGGUCGGAAUUAUACAUGGCUCCCGAGAUUUUGAAACAACAGAAGUAUAAAAAAUCUGCUGACGUGUAUUCUUUUGGGAUUUCCAUGUACGAAGUUUUUGGAUGGAGCGAACCGUAUCCGAAACACGAAUUCAAAUUUCCUUGGAAAAUAGCGGAAUUUGUCAUGGGUGGUAAUCGUCUUAAAAAACCAUAA